CGCUUGGAGCGAGCGGUGAGCUGCAUGAGUUUGUAAUGUCCGCCAUGUUGGCCAUGGCGUAUUGAACCGGGUGGAACAGCGGAGCGCAGGAGCGAAAGAGACCGAUAGAGAGCGACCAAGACCCGGGCCUGCCCGGCUCUGUUCGCGCUGCUACGGACCUAAGCCUGCCUUCUAUCGACCGGCUGACGCUCAGAGACCGUUACAGAUUCAUCCAUGAGAACUCGAAACAGACCUGCUGUUACUCCUAGCAGAUCGAAUAGAUUUAUGCUACAUCUUUUAUAAUAAAAAUGAGUAAAUUGUCGUUUCGGGCACGGGCGUUGGAUGCUACAAAGCCCCUGCCCGUCUUCCGCUGCGAGGAUUUGCCGGACCUGCACGAAUAUGCUUCGAUCAACCGAGCAGUGCCACAGAUGCCAACUGGGAUGGAAAAAGAGGAGGAAUCGGAGCACCAUCUCCAGCGGGCCAUCUCAGCACAGCAGGUCUAUGGCGAGAAGCGGGACAACAUGGUUAUCCCUGUCCCCGAGGCAGAGUGCAACAUCACACACUACGAGUCCCUCUACCCCGGGGAGUUCAAAAUGCCAAAGCAGCUUAUUCACAUACAGCCUUUCAGUUUGGAUACAGAGCAGCCAGACUACGACCUGGAUUCCGAAGAUGAGACGUUUGUGAAUAAGCUGAAAAAGAAAAUGGAAAUCACCGCCCUGCAGUUUGAAGAAAUGAUCGAUCGACUUGAGAAAGGCAGUGGACAACAGCUCGUCAGCCUCCAGGAAGCCAAACUUCUGCUGAAGGAGGACGAUGAGCUCAUCAAGGAGGUGUUUGACUACUGGAGCCGCAAGAGAAAAACCUGUAAGGGUGGCUGCCUCAUCCCCAGCGUCAAGCAGGAGAAGAGGGACGGAUCCAGUACUGGUGACCCUUAUGUAGCCUUCCGCCGACGGACAGAAAAGAUGCAGACCCGGAAGAAUCGAAAGAACGACGAAGCAUCAUAUGAGAAGAUGCUGAAGCUUCGCAGGGACUUGAGCCGAGCAGUCACCAUCUUGGAGAUGAUCAAAAGGAGAGAGAAAAGCAAGAGGGAACUGCUGCACCUCACUCUGGAAAUAGUAGAAAAGAGGAAUACAAUGACAGAUUUUGGCAGCGAGGUGAUGGCAGAAGCCCUGGCGCAGCGGGCUUUGGUAAAGCCUGUCUACACCAUCCCCAUCAUUCCCUUACCCAACAGUAACCAGUACAGACACCAGGACCACUUGGAUAUGAAAGACUACAAAAAGCCCGAGAAGACAGAGGCAGUACGAACCAAAAGGAAAUACGAAAAGAAACCCAAGAUCCCCCCCCUGUCGGCACCGCAACAUUCAGGACCCUCCGUGUUUAAUCCCAAGGACCUCAACCAGUAUGAUUUCCCCAGCUCAGAUGAAGAGCCUUUCUCACAGAUCCAUUCAGGUUCCUCAGAGGCAGAGGAGGAGAAUGACCCAGACGGCUGCUAUGCGUUCAGAAGGAAGGCUGGCUGUCAGUAUUACGCUUUUCGUCCAGACAAAAGUGGCAGCUGGCCCUGGGUGAGCCCAUCUGAAGGCGGGCUCGGCGACCCUCGUUUCCGCUUCUGUCUGACCUCGCUCAACGUGCCACGCCGCUGCGUCGGGCUGGCACGGCGCCGCGUCGGGAGAGGAGGCCGGAUUUUGUUGGACAGAGCACACGCAGGUCUAGACAACAUCUGCCAGAGCCCGGACUCUGACCCAGAACCCGAACCACUCGUCUCACCACUUCCAAGCUCUCCGCUUCGCAACUCCAACACCAUUACCUCAGACACCAAUACCUCACACCCCAGGAGCUCCUCCCACUUCCCCUCAUCUUCAUCUACGCCUGUGGACCUCAGCCAGAUUCUUUUGAACAUAAAAUCCUGCCGCUGGAGGCACUUCAGACCACGGACGCUAUCUCAACACCCUUCGAGGGAAGGAGACUUGUCUCGCAGAGGAUUUAGGGAUUUUACCCGAACGCCAGGGGUUACGCGGACCCUGUCCGGGGGAGGCGUCUCUCAGAACCGCUCUGGCCCCUCCGCCACUCCCAUUAACGUGUUCACGGCCGAGCAGUACGAGCACCACCGGGAGCAGCUGGCUCUCAUGCAGAAGCAGCAGCUGGAGCAGAGCCAGCAGCAGCAGCAAGCCAACGUCCCCGUAACCACAGCCAGCACACAGACACUUGUGUCCAAGACGCUGGACCAGGCCAGAGCACAGUUUGCUGCUUCGGCCCUCAUCACCACAGACCAGCUGCUGGCUUUCAAAUCCAAAGAGGAGUUGGUGCUGGCAAGUGGAGUCAACGGGGUUUUGACGGGUGCAGGCGUGUUCAAAAACCUGCACCUCAGCAGCACCACCGCGGCCCUCCACCCGACCAACCAGUCCACACACACUACCGCGCCCACGGCCCCCACCUUCCUGCAGCCCUCCUCCAACUCGGCCACCCCCAUGCCCGCCAACGCCGUCCCCACCUCGCUCACCUCCACCCCCAGCGCGCACGCCGCCGCCGCGCUGGGGCUGCUGGGCUGCAGCGCGGCCAGUGCCACCCCCGCCACCACUCAGGUCCUCAUCGGGAGCAACAUCUGUCUGAGCGUGCCGUCGGCCGCCGGCCUGGCCGGACGCCACAUCCCCCGCACCCUGGGCAGCGUGUCGCCCUCUGCCUUAAAGCUGUCCGCCGCCACCAACCUGCAAAUACCCAAAGUCUCUGGUGCAUCUUCCAUGGAAAUGGGCUCCAGGGAUAAUCACGACGAAGACAAGCCAGCACUGAACAGUAUAGCCGACAACACAGUGGCCAUGGAGGUGACGUAG